CUGGCUGAGCGGCAGAGUGGAUUGCUCUCUCGCUCUCUCGCUGUCUUAUUCCGGGCCAUCGCCAUCAUUCUUGUGAGCAUCAGCAACACCACCACCAUCGCCUUCAUCGUCCAUAACUGAACCGUCAUCUCUCUCUCUCUCUCGACGUUCACAAUCACGGCUAGCCGUGGGUUCGUGGGUUGCUCGUAAGUUGGGCGUGGGCAAGGAAGAGCAAGAUCCACCCACCACGAUUGGAGCGAUUGGACCCUCUCGCCAAGCCGCCCAGACCCCCCGUCCGUGCGAGCUACGGAGCCAUUAAUCGGGAGGCGGGCUUGAUUCAUUCUCGGUUAGAGUGGCUGGUAGAGACUGAUCUGGGAUUGAGUGUGUGACACCCUCCCCCCAGGGUGUUUACCAAGGGACCACGGGACGCCCCCUUACCACUGGACAUGGAUCAGGGCGGCGGCACGGUGGCGGUCGAGGACCGACCGCCUCUUGGGCGCAGUAAGAAAGACCGGAAGGGUCCAAAGACGGAUCCACAUAGUCCUGCGAAGGAAGGGGAGAAGAUGCAAGCUGAAAUGAGAGAGAAAGAAAAGGAUCAAAGGGAGGUGUCUCAUCAGAAAGUGGAAAAGCACGAACACGAAUCCACCAAUGAGCCAGACGGAGAGACCGAAGAAAGUUCAAAGACAGAUCCGGAUGUGCUGUACGUGCAAGAUGUCGGAUUUUCGCUCAAUAUUUCCGCUCCAGGAAUGGAAGAAUUCAAAAUUCAGGUGUCGUCUAUGGAGUUAGUGCAAGAGAUUCACCAGCUUCUCAUGGACCGAGAAGAUACAUGCCACCGAACGUGCUUCUCGCUCCAGCUCAACGGGCAAGUGUUGGAUAAUUUUGCCGAGUUGAAAUCGAUUGACGGGCUAUCCGAAGGCAUCACCCUCAAAGUUGUGGAAGAGCCGUACACGAUCCGCGAAGCUCGGAUUCACAUGCGACAUAUUCGUGACUUGCUCAAAUCCGUGGACUUGAGUGAUGCUUUUCUGGGUACGGAUGGCGCCUCUUUGUCCUACUUGAGCUCGGUAUGCCAAGGCGACAUCCUCGAAAAGAAACGCAACACGAAGCAAGAGUGUGUGGAUUGCACACCGCCCGAGUACGUGAUCCCCAAGAGUGAGGAGCGACCCAUUCUUCCUCUGCACGUGAAUGCUAAGAAUCUAAUCAAGAUACCCUGCUUGAAGAUGCUCACCACUUCUGGCUGGAACCCGCCCCCCGGACAUCGCAAGCUCUGUGGCGAUCUCAUGUACAUCUGUGUGGUGACUCUCGAAGAGAAGAAAUAUCACAUCACCUCCUCUACCCGUGGCUUCUACAUCAAUCAAACCACGGAUGACGAAUUCCACCCGGCCCCCGUCAACAAUUCCGUGUGCUUCCACUCGUUGGUGGAUUUGUUGAGCCACAUCAGUCCGAGCUUCAAGAAGAAUUUUGCCUCGUUGCAAAGACGUCGAACACUUCGCCACCCUUUCGAGCGUGUGGCCACCCCCUACCAGGUGUUCUCGUGGCUUACCCCCAAGUUGGACCACACCAUCGAUGCCAUUCGAGCCGAAGACGCGUUCUCCUCGAAACUGGGCUACGAGGAGCACAUCCCCGGACAAACGCGGGAAUGGAACGAAGAAUUGCAAACCACGAGGGAAUUGCCUCGCAAGUCCUUGCCCGAGAGGUUGCUCCGGGAGCGCGCCAUAUUCAAGGUCCACAGUGACUUUGUAUCGGCCGCUACCCGCGGUGCCACGGCGGUCAUCGAUGGAAACGUCAUGGCCAUUAACCCAGGAGAGGAGGCCAAGAUGCAAAUGUUUAUUUGGAACAAUAUCUUCUUUUCGUUGGGCUUUGAUGUGCGUGAGCACUACAAAGACCUGGGGGGAGAUCACGCAGCUCAUGUGGCGCCAAGAAAUGACUUACAGGGUGUGAAAGUAUACAACGCUAUUGACCUGGAGGGCUUGUAUACUUUGGGAACAGUAGUGAUUGACUAUCGAGGCUUUCGUAUUACCGCACAAUCCAUCAUUCCUGGAAUAUUGGAGCGAGAACAAGAGCAAUCCGUGGUUUAUGGCUCGAUCGACUUUGGCAAGACGGUGGUUUCGCACCCCAAAUAUGUGGACUUGCUUCAAAAAGCUGGAAGCCAAUUGAAAAUCCUGCCUCACACAGUGGUCAAUGACAAGCAGGAAGAUAUUUUAUUGUGCUCCUCCGUGGAAUGCAAAGGCAUCAUAGGUAACGACGGGCGGCACUACAUUCUGGAUCUGCUACGAACCUUUCCUCCGGAUGUUAAUUUCCUCAGUUUGGACACUGUCACGUUGAGCAAAGAGGCCGAAGCUUUGGGUCUGCCAAUCGUUCAUAAGCACAAGCUGUCAUGUUUACGACAAGAGCUCAUCGACGCCUUUGUUGAAUCGCGCUACAUGAUGUUCAUCAAGUAUGCUGCCGUUCAAUUGCAGAAGCUCGGACUGAAAAAGCAGAUCGACCUUUUGUCUCAAAAGAAUGAAGACUCCAAUGAAGGCGGGAAUGCAUUGUGCCUAGAGAGAGAUGGCAAAGAGGAUAGCAAUAAGUCUUGCUCGAAAAUUGAGGACACGGAGGCCAAAAAGAUCGUCGAGUCAAUCACGGAAUCAAUAACGUCGGGAGAAAAGCGCAAGAUUGAGGAUUCCACCAAAGAGAUCGUGAAAAAGGCAGCCUCGGCAGUGGGAUCACUGAAGGAGUCCGAAUUUGAUUUGCGAUUUAAUCCCGAUGUGUUUUCACCCACGGUCACGCAUUCACCGUCCGAAAACGAGUCGUUCAAAAAGCAGUGUGCCUUGGUCAAAGACGCUGCCGAUUUUCUUCUCACCACCCAAAUCCCUGCAUUUAUUCGAGAUUGUUUGGAUCACUCAUCAGUCCCUAUGGAUGGGGCUACUCUUUCCGACAAUCUACAUAAUCGGGGAAUUAACAUUCGCUAUUUGGGAAUCAUAGCCAACAUGGUCUCGAAAGUGCCACAAUUGGAUUAUAUGACCUCAAUAGUCAUUGGAGAUAUACUGAUGCGCAGUGCCAAGCACGUGUUUGUGACCUUCAUUCAGAGCGUCGACCCCCUCUGCCUCUCAACGGGUUUGUCGCAUUUCUUGAAUUGCUUGUUGGCCACCGGAGUUGCCGUCGAAAAUUCCCUAGGUGGUAUUGGUGGUUUUAUGAGCAACCAAGAUCAUUCUAAUAAUAAUAAGAACACCAACACCAACGGUAGCAACAACGCUGCCCCAGGGGGAAACAAUAAGCGAAAUAAAAACCACCACAAGAGGAAAACGAAGGCUGCACAGGCCAAUGGGGGCAACGAAGCCAUGGAAUGGAUUUCCCUGACGCCCUCAACCCUAUGGAAAAUGAUCAAAGAAGAAGCGAUGGCGUACUUCAAAUUCGACUUGAAUCUCAACAACAUCGACGAAAUCUGCCGCAAUUACGGCCUCCAAAAGAUCUCUCUUCUGCGAGCCUUUUGUCAAAAAACGGGCAUACAAUUACAUUUGAGGGAGUACUUUCCUGACGGUGUUGUAGCUUCCACCGGCGCUGCUUCCUCCACCCCCAACCCCACCUCUUCCGGGAGAGGCCAACAAGUGCCCUCUGCUCCGUUCAAUGAGCAAGAUAUCCUCAAUGUGUUUCCUCGCGUGAAACAUGUCAAUCCUCGGGCGUCUGAUGCGUUCAAUUUCUACACCACAGGUCAAGCCAAGAUUCAACAGGGCUAUCUCAAGGAUGGCUAUGAGCUCAUCAACGAGGCGCUCAACUUGUUGAACAACGUGUACGGAGCCAUGCAUCCCGAAAUCGCUCAAUGUCUGCGCAUGCUAGCCCGACUCAAUUACAUCAUGGGCGACCAUGUCGAGGCCUUAUCUUAUCAACAGAAAGCAGUGCUCAUGUCUGAGCGGGUCAACGGAGUCGAUCACCCGUACACUAUCACAGAGUAUGUUCAUCUGGCCUUGUAUUGUUUCGCCAAUACCCAGGUCAGUACAGCCCUCAAACUCUUGUACCGAGCUCGUUAUCUAUGCUUGUUGGUAGUGGGUGAGAACCACCCCGAAGUGGCGCUAAUCGAUAGCAACAUCGGCCUGAUACUGCAUGCCAUCAGUGAGUUCGAUAUUUCGCUCAAGUUCCUGGAGAACGCCUUGUCCAUGAAUAAGCACCUCUUUGGUAUGCAAUCACUCAAGGUGGCCGUGAACUUUCACUUAGUGGCUCGUACCCAAAGUUGCAUGGGCGAUUUCCGCUCAGCGCUUCAAAAUGAGAAGGAGGCGUACCUCAUCUACAAGUCGCAAUUGGGAGACGAGCACGAAAAAACCAAGGAGUCCUCAGAGUGCUUAAGACAUCUCACACAACAGGCGGUGGUGCUACAAAAGAAGAUGAAUGAGAUCUACACAGGGCGUGCCAAAUCCACACUCCCGCCCAUUCAAAUCCAGCAGCCAUCCAUGGGCAACGUCCUGGAUAUGUUGAACAUCAUUAAUGGCAUUCUAUUUGUCCAAGUUCAGGCGCCAGCAUCCGGCACCUCUGCCUCAUCAGGAGCACCCGUCCCGAACUCCCCGAUCUUGGACCCUAGUAGCGAAGAGGCUCUCCGCCAAUGAAAUGAAAGAACGGGCGAGUGUACCGUAAGAGUCUGGUCUUUGAGCUGAACCGAACCAGACUGCCCCUGUCGCCCCCCGCCAUUCCCCCCGCGGAAAGCUCUUCACAACUUCGGAUCUGUCAAACUGUCAGUCUUAGAGACUAAAUUGGCAUUGCAUUGUUUUCCAAUUUAGUUCAUAAAUAUAACCUUUAAACUUA